CUGCGGGCCCCCAAAUCCAAAUCACCAAUUGCAAUUCCUACUGCGGCGUCUGUGUGUGUGUGUGUGUGUCUUCCUCUCCCUCUCACAGUGACGGGAUCAUCUCUACAGUGGGGGCCACUGGAUGCUCCGUGGUUGCGCAGCGAUGUCCAGGACUUUUUCGCUGCCUUCGGCGCUUUCCUCUCUUCAGAACUGCACUCUGUCCUCCUAUUAUUGCCCCUUCAUCUCCUCCAUCAACUCCCCAAACCCUACUCUCACUCGCAGACCGAAACAGCUCUUGAAGUCAAUCCACACCGUUUCUGCAGCUAUGGCCUCCGCCUUCAAGUCCGAACAAGCUAGGGUUCCUCCUGCUCUUCCGCUGCCCCAGCCCCCCAUCACUAAGUUCAAAAUUGCCCUCUGCCAACUGUUAGUGACUGCAGACAAGGAGAGGAACAUUGCUCAUGCUCGCAAGGCGAUUGAGGAAGCCGCAGAGAAGGGUGCUCAGCUUGUUCUUCUUCCUGAAAUAUGGAACAGUCCAUAUUCAAAUGAUAGUUUUCCAGUUUAUGCUGAGGAUAUUGAUGCUGGUGGUGAUGCAUCUCCUUCAACCACAAUGUUGUCUGAAGUUUCUCAGAGUUUGCAAAUCACAAUAGUUGGUGGGUCUAUACCAGAACGUUGUGGGGAUCAUUUGUAUAAUACCUGCUGUGUCUUUGGUACUGAUGGAAAGCUGAAGGCUAAACACAGGAAGAUACAUCUUUUUGACAUUGAUAUUCCUGGGAAAAUCACCUUUAUGGAAUCAAAGACUCUUACAGCAGGGGAGAGUCCAACUAUUGUGGACACAGAUGUAGGCCGUAUUGGUAUAGGUAUAUGUUAUGACAUUCGGUUCCAGGAAUUAGCAAUGAUAUAUGCCGCAAGAGGUGCUCAUUUACUAUGCUAUCCUGGUGCCUUCAACAUGACAACUGGUCCAUUGCAUUGGGAACUACUGCAGCGAGCAAGGGCAGCUGAUGGUCAGUUGUACGUGGCAACAUGUUCACCUGCACGAGAUUCUGGCGCUGGUUAUGUUGCUUGGGGACAUUCUACCCUCGUUGGGCCUUUUGGGGAAAUACUUGCAACAACAGAGCAUGACGAGACCAUAGUCAUAGCAGAGAUUGAUUAUUCACUAAUUGAGCUCCGAAGAUCUAAUCUCCCAUUUCAGAAGCAAAGGCGAGGGGAUUUGUACCAGUUGGUAGAUGUUCAGAGGCUGGAUUCUUAAUUAUUCGAGCGAGGAUGAUUUAGGAAUUUGCCAUAGAGUUUUGAAGGGUAAGUUGGAGGAGAUCGAUAUUGCCAAAAACCUCAAAUUCUUACUGCAAAUGCUAGUCUGAAAUCUUCACCCAAUAAACAAUGCUUGUUGGGGCGCUUGGAUAAUGUGAUUAGAACAGUUGAUACCAUAAAGAAGUGUGCUUUGUUGGCAUUGUCAGGUAACUGCUGCCCUAAUUUAGCCUCCUAGACGAAGAACAAUUUGGUUUCCUGCAUGUGUGUGUUUGAGGAACAUGUUUUGGUUUGGAAUCCUCUUAAUCAAAAUAUCUAUUUAGUGCAA